GAGUCUGUGAUCCCUAUGCCUGUGCUCUGGUUUCAGGGAGAGUUUGGCUCUGGUUGUAUCCUCUACGGCGUGGCUAAGUACAACUCCACGGCAAAAUCCCUGGUGGUGGAGCAAUUUGGCAGUGUCACCCUCUGCGGCUUCGUCAGUGCUGUCUCGGUGGGCGUCGCCAUCUAUUGUUUUUGCACUGUCUUCUACUUCAUCUACAGCAGCUUCAUUGAGGAAACAGACAGGGGCUUACGAUGGCUCACAGCCUGUCUGGUGACAGCAGGCGUCUUCCUCUUCCUCCUACUGGUCGCUGGCUGCCUCCUGCGAGUCGGCCUCAGCUCGUUCUGUCAGUCCCUUCUCUCGGAGACCAGGGUGGGCAUCAAGAGCUGCGCAGAUAGUGAGAAAAUGAACUGGACAUCAUCGUACAACGGUUCCCGAUUCUACCAAAACUUUACCAGUGCUGAGACCUCGACCUGGGUGAAUUUCUUCUUCUGGCUCGUGGUAUUAACCGUCCUCAUCGUGCAGUGGAGGCGACUCGACGGCUUCAGGCCGAUGAACGGCGCCGAUCCCGAGUGGAGCACAGCCGUGGCCGGAAUCACGCCCGAGACUAAACCCUUGAUCCCAUCGGGACCCCGACCGUGAAAACCCCUCGCGGUCACUGCAGUUUGAAACGUGGGAUGAGCUGCAAGAAGAGUCGCUUGAGGAUGUGUGUAUUUGCCUGUUUGUGUUUGUAAAGGUUUCCCCUCUCUCCCCUGCUCGGAGGAUUCAGUACGACUGACUGAAGAUGAGUUCCUGUUAUUCCAGCCUCGGUGACUGCCUAACUGGGACUUAGUGCUAAUGGGGGGUACCAUUUUGCCUGCGUGUGCAUGGAAUACAUAAAGCAGCUGGCUUGUGUCUGUUCAAAGUGA